AUGUUUGUACAGGAUGGUCAGCCUCAUCAGACUCAUCGAGAUCCGAACAUAACAUGGCCAGAACAACCAGAGCAGAAAUCCGUGAAGGAGCCUUUGCAAGAACCAAUUCUAUCUAAGCAUGACAUGGGUUGGCGUUUCAUAGUGCGGAACUUCACACCGGCAUGGUUUUCGGCAAACAUGGGCACGGGAAUUGUCUCUAUCCUGCUCAACACUCUCCCUUACAAUGGACAAUGGCUUUACUGGAUCUCAGUGACAUUGUUUGCAUUCAAUGUCCUGCUUUUCGCAGUCUUUCUCGGUCUGACCAUCGUACGCUAUGCUCUCUACCCGGACAUAUUCGCGGUCAUGAUCGCACACCCCGCCCAGUCGUUAUUCCUGGGAACACUGCCGAUGGGAUUCGCGACAAUCAUCAACAUGUUUUGUUUGGUCUGCGUUCCGGCUUGGGGGGCAUGGGCUAGCUAUUUCGCCUGGGGAAUGUGGAUCCUGGAUGCUAUUCUAUCCGUUCUGACCUGCUUCGGGGUUCCAUUCAUCAUGAUGUCGAGGAAGUCCGAAGUAGAACUGCAGUCAAUGGGUGCCCCGUGGUUGCUACCUAUCGUAGCAUGUGUCGUCGCAGCAGCAUCGGGGGCAAUAGUGGCUGACGUGCUUCCCCACCCGCAGUACGCACUGGGAACCCUUAUAGCCAGCUUUGUUCUGUGGGGAAUCGGUGUACCACUUGCACUCAUGGUCAUGGUGAUCUAUUUGAUGCGGCUCAUGCUCCAUAAGCUUCCACCCAAAGCCGUUAUUGUGAGCACGUUUCUACCUCUUGGGCCUCUUGGCCAAGGAGGCUUUGGUAUCUUGAAACUUGGAAGUGUUGCACAGAAGGUCUUUCCACAGACACAUGCAUUGGGACCGGAAUCCGGGAAUGCAUUCUAUUACGCUGGAUUUCUUCUAGGCAUACUUCUAUGGGCCUUUGGCCUCGUAUGGCUAUUCUUCGCAACGGCCUCGGUCCUGAAAUCUCGCAGAUUUCCUUUCAGCCUAGGAUGGUGGGCAUUCACUUUCCCCUUGGGCGUUUAUGCGACAUGUACUUGUCAGCUAGGCCGAGAAAUGCCGUCGAAAUUCUUUCUCGUCCUUGGAACAGUAUUUUCGCUAUGCGUCCUGAUCCUAUGGAUAUUGGUCUCUCUGAUGACAGCUAAAGGAGUCUAUAAUAAGACUCUAUUUGUCGCACCAUGUCUAGCUAACCUGCGUACAAGGGAGCAAAGGAGCAUAAAAAAGCAAAAGCGGAGGGACGCAUAA